AUUUCUGAAUUUAAGUCAAUUUCACGCAAACAGAAAGAAAGUAUCACAAGGAGCGGCCUUAAGCUCAAGUCCCAGCUACUCAGUUUCUUGGCAUCUCAAAGAGGGUUAAGCAAUGUUGUUGGUGAAGAGAGGAGCUCAAACACUAGCCACUGCUCAUUUUCAUGCUCUCACUUCAUUCACUUUGAUGCCUCCAAUUGUAAGCACCCCAAAUUCUCUUUUUCAUUCUCAUUUUCUUCUUUUCUCUACUAAGCCUAACCCUGAUUCACAACCCAAACCCCCCUUUAUUCCUUCUCCAUCUACCACUCAUCCCGAGCUUAAACUAUUACUCUAUCGUAAAUCCAAGGUUGGUUUCAAUAAACUCGAUGAUGCUCUUCUUGUGUUCGAUCAAAUGCUCCGUCUGAAAUCUGGGCUUUCUGUUGUGGAUUUCAACCAACUCUUAACCGCCCUUGUUCGCAUGAAAGAGUACUCUGUAGCUAUCUCCAUGUUUAGAGAAUUGCGUGUUUUAAGCAUUCCUGCUGAUAUUGUUACCUUUAAUACUGCCAUUCAUUCCUGUUGUCACUUGGAUACCCUUGAUUAUGCCUUUUCAUUGCUUGCUGGAAUCAUCAAGAGUGGUUGGGUGCCCGAUGCCUUUACCUACAACACUCUUAUCAAGGGCCUUCUAUCUCAAGACAGGCCUUUGGAGGCUGGGGAUUUGUUUAACAAGCUUAUCAGAUUUCAAGAAAUUCAGCCCAGUGUAGUUACGUAUAACACCAUCAUUGAUGGUCUCUGCAAAACUUCAAAUACCUCCAUGGCUCUCAAGUUGUUAAGAAAGAUGGAGCAGAUAGGUUUGAAACCCGAUGUGAUAACUUAUACCUCUAUUAUUGAUUCUUUGUGCAAAGAGAGACGAGUCGAUCAUGCAUUGGUUCUUGUGUCUGAAAUGACUCACAAAGGCAUAUCACCUAAUGUUAUAACCUAUAACAUAUUACUUCAAGGCCUUUGCAUCUCCAGCCGAUGGGAGGACAUUGAGCUGUUGUUAAGUGAGAUGGGUGUUAGGAAGAUCUCUCCUGAUCUGCACACCUAUACUAUAUUGGUCGACGCACACUGCAAAGAAGGGAGGACAACAGAUGCAGAAGAUGUGAUUGCAAUUAUGAUCCAGAAAGGUGUGCCUCCUGAUGUAAUCACCUACACUGCGCUUAUGGAAGGAUUUUGUUUAAGAGGCAACACUGACAGGGCAUUAGAGGUGCUGAAUACCAUGAUGAGUAAUGGAAUAGCGCCAAAUUGUUAUAGCUAUACUAUCCUCAUCGAUGGUCUCUGCAAGAACAGAAAACUUGACGAGGCCAGAAAUAUUUUUGAUAAGCUUGCUUCAAGAGGUUUGCAACCCAAUGUGAAGACAUACACUACAAUGAUUCAAGGAUUUUGUCAAGAAGGGUUAUUUGAGGAAGCAAAGGUAUUACUUUCUGAGAUGGAAACUAGUGGUUGUUUGCCUAACGAUGUGACUUACAACACGAUCAUCCGUGCAUGUCUUUUGAAUAAAAGAUAUGAAGAAGCAGCUGUAUUGAUAGAGAACAUGCGAGCUCGUAAAUUCUCAGAAGAUGCAUCUUCUACGUCCAUGGUAAUAGACCUAUUAUCUAUAGAAGAACAAGACCCCUCCGUUCUUGCUUUCUGCAAAUGGUUUUUGCAAUAGUUGAUAGGACUUGGAUGCCUUCUCACAACUGGAGUAACAUUUGAUAUGAAGGCUCCAGCGACUUCUGUUCCUUUUUUCGCGCUUUCACUUUUCUGGUGUACCGAGUGUUUGUCAUCUCUGAAACUAGAGCAGGAUGUUGCAGUCCUUCAAAGUUAUAUCAGUGAGGUCGUCUUGAUACAGCAAUAAGUAACAUCGGACUCGGUCCCCGGCGGUGGCGCUGUGGCGCAAAUGCUUAGAAUAUGCAAGUUGCACAAGAGGCUCAUCUGUUAAUCCAUGGAUGGAACUUAAAGAGCUGGACAAAACAUAUAUAUGCCAUUAAGAUUGUUUGUUCUGGGUUUUGUUAUAGCUGGACAACACCAAAACUAUCUGGAAGACUCAUCUCACACAAGUGAACCUCAGUCAUCCACAAACUGUCCGUGCCUUCACUUGUAUUUUACAUAAAUUUUAAUAUAAUUAGAAUUAUAAUGUUCUUAACCUUUUUGACCUUUUUGAGUUAUCUGAUUCCUUGUUUUAAUUUUUUA